UUUCUCAAACCUCGUAGUCGUAGGAGAGAUCUUACGUCUAAAACCCCGAACGAAACGCAAAACCCUCGUGAGAAAACGAAGCCCCUCCUCAUACUCACUGGCCAACCCAAAACCCAAAGUCAAGUCAUGUCAUUCGCCGCCGCCACAGCCGCCAGGUCCGUCCUCCGCUCCACAUCGGCACGAACCGCCUCGGCGGCGAGGCUUACGGCCGGAGCCGGAGCCGGAGCUAGGGCCAGACCCGCAAGUUCACCAUUUCGUAUCCCCAAACAAAACCCUAUCGCACAUCGCAUUUUCAGGUCUCCUGUGGAGAUGAGCUGCUGUGUGGAAACGCUGCUUCCGUAUCACACUGCCACUGCUUCCGCAUUGCUCAACUCCAUGCUCUCCGCCUCUCUUCGCAGCUACUGUUGGACUCCAGAAGAUUCUUGAGGGAAGAAAGGUGGAGAAAGAAGAAGACAGAGAGAGAGAAUUUGUUUUUAAUAAAGUUUGUUGUAAUGGUGCAGACAGCUGAACUUCAGAGGCCACCACUGUACUCUUCAUUGUCAAAGUGACAUUCUAAUUUACACUAGACAAGAUUUUAGUUUUUUGGACGAUUUUGGAAUUGUAAAUGUGUUAAUUACGUUUGCAUUAAUUUAUGAUUUGUGGAUUCAACCAAAGUUUGGCUUGACAAAAUUAAAUAAUCAUAUUGAAAGGGUCUCAGGUCUUUGUGGUUGAUUUUAA